CCUCUCGGGGGGGCGCUGAUAUUUGAGCCGGGCUCUCCCGCUCGGAAGAGAGCGGAGCGAGAAGGGGAAAAGUGCUGAAUGGGACAGAAGCCGCGCGGGGCACCUGCCUGGCUGCCGCCGGCACCGCCCGCUCCGGCGCUGCCCCGUGCCCCGCGGCGCCGGGCCGAGGCGCUGCGGCGCCGUCUGUGUCAGCUGGGGUCGCUGCUUGGAGCGAAGAGGCUCAGCGCGGGGCUGAGGCGGCGGCGGCGGCGGGGGGCGGCCCGAGGCGGCCCGGGGGCCCAAGCGCAGGCCCGGGGCAGAGCCUAUCGCAGCAGCCUCAGAUACGCAGAAAUGGUGGAGAAGUUUGGGGCUGAUCAGGGACAGAAGGGGCCAGCAAGUGGAGUGAGCUGCUGUCUUACAGUAUGACAAACCAGGAUGCUGCCUGCCUGCUGGGGUAGGAGAGCACAGAUCCUCUUGCCACCAAAGAGCUUCAGAGAGGAAUUUUAGAGCAUCUCAGAAGACAUCCCAAGUGGAUGAGUUAACUUCACAAUGGCUGAACUCACAGGGGAGAAUGGCAGCUGUAUGGACUGGCGAAAACGGUGCCUGGCACUGGAGUCCCAGCUCUUCAAAUUCCGCUUGCAGGCAAGCAAGAUCCGAGAGCUGUUAGCUGAGAAGAUGCAGGAAUUGGAACAGAGAGUGAUAGAAGCAGAGCAAAGGGCUGAGGAUGCAGAGAAGCAGAUCAGGGUUAUGGAAGAGAAGAUGAAACUGGCCAACAUGAAGACCAGUGAAUCAGAGAGUACUCUGUACAGGAAAUACCAGGAGCUGAUGGGCACAGUGCAAGGAAAGGAAGUUCUGAUCAACAGGUUGGAGACACAGCUGGCAAAACAGAAACAGUUGAGGACUGAGGAAGCAAAAAUUGUUCAAGAGAAAGCUGCCAAGAUCAAAGAGUGGGUAACUUUUAAGCUGAGAGAGCUUGAGCUAGAAAAUUACCGCCUGAAAAACUGUAAUCAGAGGCUGAUGGAGCAAGUUGAAGCCCUUCAGGAUACAUUGCAAGAUAUGACCAGCAUUCCUCACUUUGAAUCUCUUUGGAGCUAUAAUUCUGUGGACCCCAGAACACCACAGGCCUCUUUCCCUGAGAACACAGACCAGAAAUCUAUGCUCUUUGCACCUGGUUUCAAACAAGCGUGUCAGAAAGGAUCUACAGAUUGUGUCUUCUCUACAGCAAACUUAGUCCUUGCCAAUGAUACCUUCACUGAGGAUGGAGAGGAUAAAUCUCUGCUUUCCCAGAGCACGCUGAGACUCAUGACUGACCCAUCAAGCUGGAAUCUCUCCACAGAGAAAGACAUAUUCCCUGUCAUAAGCUCCAAACAUAGUUUAGGGUGCAGUGAUCCCACCUCACUGGACCCUCCAGCUGAGCCCACGAGAAUCCUUGAGGCUUUGACUUUCCAGACUUCCUUGGAGGGAAACCAUAGCUCUGUGAGCACCUUGAAACAAGUGUCUUUGGACAGAGCUAGCUCCUCUGAUGAACUGAGUGCCAGGUUCCGCUCCCACCGGCUGGAUUCCACUUCCUCAGGAGAAAUAAUGAGCAGCUUUGAGAGCCGUCUCCAAACUGCUGAGCCGUCCCUGGUAGUAUCAACAUCGGCUGUUUCAGCACAUCCCCUCUGUCCAGGGAGGGAAUGUGGCUUUGGCAAUAGUAUGACCCUUCCAAAAACAUGGGCUACCAGUACACCAAGAGACAGUAUCCAACUAGCCAAGAGACAUUACAGCCAGCCACAGCCAGGAGCUGGUUCUUUCCAUUGCAUAAUGAGCUUAGAGACUGGCACCUUCCAGCCCAUAACAGCUUUCCCAGUCUGCCAUGGGCAAGUGGAGGAGACAGACAUUGAUGAUGAUGCGGUGCGGGAGGAGAUGGAGACGGAAGGUGGCCAGAUGAGGGAAGAAGCUGCAAUGUGUGAGGAGAUCAACCACUUAGCUGCAGGGCAAAAAGAAGCUGCGAGUUCUGAGGCUGAUGUACUCAAUCCAGGAGGCAAACCUCCCACACCACCACUGCACAGAUUCCCAUCAUGGGAGAGUCGAAUCUAUGCUGUGGCCAAGUCUGGCAUGAGGUUGUCUGAAGUGGCCAUGGUGAAUGAUGCUUCCAGUUGCUUUUCAAAUUUCUCACGUGCAGCUUCUGGGCCAUUUACCUGUCUCAUCUACAGAAAUGUCACAGUGCCAGUCUACACGACGUUGAAGGGGAAAGCCACACAGAUCAGCAACGUGCCUUUCUUAGAUGAGUCUUCAGGCUCUGAUGAUGACUGCAGCUCCCAUGCCAGCUUCAGAGCUUCUAAUGCUGGAUCCGAGAACAGGAAAGCUAGCAUACCAGGCAGCCCCCGUGCAGUGAAAAGAGGUGUUUCUAUGUCCUCGCUGAGUUCCGAGAGUGACUAUGCCAUCCCUCCUGAUGCCUACUCUUUGGAUGGUGACUAUUCAGAGCCAGAGCAUAAACUACAGCGGACAUCUUCCUAUUCCACUGAUGGUGGAAUCUGCACUGAACCCAUGGAGAAGUCAGGUUACUUGCUGAAAAUGGGCAGCCAGAUGAAGAUGUGGAAGAGACGAUGGUUUGUUCUAAGAAAUGGACAAAUCAUGUACUACAAGUCUCCGAGUGACGUUAUCCGCAAGCCACAAGGGCAGAUGGAGCUGAAUUCCUCCUGCCAAAUUGUCCGAGGUGAAGGGUCCCAAACAUUUCAACUCAUGACAGAAAAGAGAACCUACUUCCUGACAGCAGACUCUCCCAACAUCCUGGAGGAAUGGAUUCAUGUCCUACAGAGCAUCCUCAGAGUGCAGGUGACCAGUCCUGUUGGUGUUCCUCGUAGUGAUGCUAAACCUAUUGUGAAAGGUUGGUUAACCAAGGUCAAGCACGGCCAUUCUAAGCUGGUUUGGUGUGCACUGAUUGGGAAAAUGUUUUACUACUAUCGAAAUCAUGAGGAUAAGUGUCCCCUAGGGCAUCUGUCUAUGCGUGAAUCCAAAGUGAAGGAGGUAGACCGUUCCUGUGACUCUGAUGAAGAUUAUGAAGCCACUGGUGGAGGCCUUCUGUCAUCCCACUGUACACUGGUGAUUCACCCACAGGACCAGAGUCCCACCUACUUACUCAUUCGCACCAAACAAGAGAAGAAUACCUGGCUAUACCAUCUGACAGUAGCAGCUGGUAGCAGUAAUGCCACUGUGGGCACAUCAUACGAACAACUCAUUGGAAAACUGCUGGAUGCAGAGGGAGACCCUAAUUCUCCUUUGUGGAAACAUCCUAUGUUGUGCUACAGUAAAGAUGGGUUGCACACAUCCCUCACCACUCUGCCAUCGGAGGCUCUGCAAACUGAAGCUCUGAAACUUUUCAAGUCCUGUCAGCUGUUCAUCAACGUCCCUGUGGAGGCACCUUCUAUUGAUUACCACGUGUCACUUGCCCAGACAGCGCUGCAGGUCUGCCUGACGCAUACUGAGCUGCAGAAUGAAAUUUACUGUCAGCUUGUUAAACAGACCAGCUGCCGACAGCCCCAGAACCACUCAGUCAUUCAGUGCUGGCAACUCUUGGCUUUAUGUGCUCCUCUGUUCCUGCCUCAGCAUCACUUCCUCUGGUACAUCAAACAGCACUUGCAGCGGCAUGCAGACCCCAGGAGUGAAAUGGGCAAGUAUGCCAUCUACUGCCAGAGAUCAGUGGACCGCACUGUGCAGACCGGUGAGCGGGAGGCCAAGCCUUCCCGGAUGGAGAUUGUGUCCAUCCUUCUGAGGAACCCCUACCACCACUCGCUCCCCUUCAGCAUCCCUGUGCACUUCAUGAACGGAACCUACCAGGUUGUAGGUUUCGAUGGUUCCUCAACAGUCGAUGAAUUUAUCCAGCGGCUGAACCAGGAGACAGGAAUGAGGAAGCCAUCCCACAUGGGAUUUUCUCUCUUCACAGAUGAUCCUUCUGGCAUGGAUUUGGAGCACUGUCUGCAGGGCAACAUGAAGAUUUGUGAUGUCAUUUCUAAAUGGGAACAAGCCUUAAAAGAAUUGCAUCCUGGCAAAUAUGAAGGUGGUACAAGAAUAGUGAAACUGACAUAUAAGAACAGACUGUAUUUUCGGAGCCAGGCUAAAGGUGAGACAGACCGGGAACGGCUGCUGCUGGCCUUCCAAGUCAGCAGUGAAAUAGCCAGUGGAAGGUUUCCUGUUAAUAAGGAAUUAGCUCUGGAAAUGGUGGCUCUGAUGGCUCAGGUGGAAUAUGGGGAUUUAGACCGACCAGUAUCUUCAAGUCCUGGGGGAACAUCACAAUCCAAAAUGCAGCAUCUUCUCCACCAGGUCUUAGAUAAAUUCUAUCCCAAACGCUAUAAGCAAAACAUUACUCCUGAGCAGCUCAGGCAAGUGGCCGGCAGAUUGGCGACAAAGUGGAUGAUGCUGCAGGGUUGCUCUCCACCAGAAUGUGUUCGCAUUUAUUUGACAGUAGCCCGGAAAUGGCCUCUCUUUGGAACCAAAAUAUUUGCUGCUAAGCCUAUUUUGCCUUCUUCCUUGGAAGAUUGUCCAGUCUGGAUAGCUGUGAAUGAAGAUGGUAUCAGCAUACUGGAUUAUAACAGUAUGCACUUGAAGCUCUCUUAUUCAUAUUCUUCUGUGCUGACCUUUGGAGGCUGUCGAGAUGACUUCAUGAUUGUAGUCAGUCAAAUGAAAGAAAGGAAUUCUGGAAAACACAGCACUGAAAAGCUCCUUUUCACAAUGGCAGUUCCAAAGAUUGUUGAAGCAACACUUCUUAUUGCCAGCUAUAUUAACUACCGUUCAACAACCUCGCUCCCAUCCUCUACACAACCCUCCCCAAGCACAACACCUGCUAACAAGCUCUGGGACACUGAAAGUCGGUGCUUCUUCCCUUCUGUGCCCCGAAGUGCUAAGGGUCCUACCCUGCUCUGAAGGCUCAUUCCAAAUGACUUUGGGGAUUUUUUUUUUGGUCUUUUUGCACUGCUCUGAAUUAGACUGCUGUGAUUUUGCUGGUUACCCACCUUGUUUUAUUACAGGCUUCAAUUCUUUCUCCAUAAUGAAGUUCCUUAGUGUGGGUGAAGGCAGUGUCCUUUCUUUUCAAAAGGCUUGAUUCUGUAACUCUGCAGGGGUUUCCUUUCCAUGCCACACUCCAUCCAAAACACCAUGGCUCAGAUCACUUCCCUGAACAGUGCUCUAGUCACAUUACAUACCCCACAUCUUUUUCCUUCUACCUGUUUUUCUUCCAUCUCCUGAUCUUACUGCUUUUCUUUCAAGCACAUACAUCUUCUUUGAUCCCUGCCUUUCACAGCUUUGCACCUGUCUUUAGACCACUGCAUACUCUGUCUGGAACCUCAGUCCAACUCUGAAACUCAUAGGGGCCUCUCUUCCUCAUCACAGCCCCUUUCAGUUAUUCUCAUUAUUUCUAAGAAUCUUCUGUUUGCAUCGAUCAUUAACUUGCCUGCUCUUUACCUGAAUUAGACUGUAAACUCUGCAGGGCAGAUUUGAUUUGUAUAUAGGCUUGGACUUGACUGCAGUGAGCUGAAUACACAGUCCUGUUGAAAUUAAAAACAGGUGGUAAUGGAUACUGUGGCACAUGGCAUGAACCCUGUGCAAGGAUGCAUCCUGUUGAACAAUACCUGUAUGAGGAGUUGCAUAUCACUGCAUCACAAACUAGAUACAUACUGACAAGGCAAUUACCAGAGUGUAAAGAUUAACAUGACAUAGUUUGAUUAGAUAGUUUAGGCAUAACUUCAACUCUAUGCUCUGGUGAACAGCCAUCAUAUUAAAGUUUUCAGCAUUGUUUAAAUUCACUGCUGCCACUCCCAAAAUAAAAAUUAAGACAGUCUUUUUACAGACACGUAGAAUAAUUGUGUAUAUUUAUGCAACAGCUCAACACAACCAAGACUACAAUUUUAAAUUUCCUUAGAGCUGUGCCUCCUCCCCGAAUCUGGUGCCCAAAUUCAAAGACACAGAAACUUUCCUAGUCCUUGCUCCAGACAGGAAAGAAAGGAAGAACAAACUGUUCUGAGGGAAGAGGAACUAAACUGACAAGAAGAACUCUGAUGUGGCUCAAGGAUUAUUUUAUACCUGAAAUGAGUCUGGAACAAGAGUUUAGUGGUACUUGAGAAUAAUUUCAACCUUAAUUGACUAAAGGUGGAAACCUGGCUUUUUUGCAUGUUGAGGACUCUGGGCGCCUGGGACUGAAACAAACAGUGUCAGAUGAUGCCCUAGCUCCUGCAGGACUGAUGUAUUACAGGAGUUGACGCUAUUCUAUGUGAUGGAUGAAGACUAGAUCUCUGCUGCAGGGCUGAAUGUGUCACGUGCCCAGCAUCAGACAAGCACUUUCAAAGACUCUUUCUGUUAAUCACUGUUAUGUUUUGGGAUGUGUUUGAAACUGCACAUGAUCUCAGACAAAGGAAGGCAAGGCAAGCAAAUUUUGUACUUCUUGUCUUUCAGCAACUGGCACAGAUCUUCCCCAAAAACCCAGAUCAGCUCUGCCAUUCUGACUUCACAGAAGUUGCUACCAAAGCAAGGAGCAGGUAGUCAGCAAAUGUAUUUCCAAGUACUGUCCUUCACUUUCCUAAAUAAUGUUUUUUUUACCAGUUUCAAAGGGGCUUUGUCUCUUUGAAGGAAACGUAAUGAAUUUUAAACAAAUAAGAAAAACAGCCAUUCUUUUUGAACAUCUACAUCUACCUGGCUUGAGUUCUACUAUUUUCAUAAGCCUUCUAAAAAUCUAAGGAAGAAUAAUUGCCCUUUUCUAAAAUACUAUGUGGAACUUCAUAAUAAUUUUGCAUUCAUGGCCAACUUUCCCAAAUGAAAACAGUGUGAAUCCAACCAUUAUAAAGAAUUCAGCAAUAGCAAACUAAAGCCAUUCACAAAUGAACAAACCAACCAUACCAGUGUGUUUACUUCCUAGUACCUGCCACCAACUCUGAACUAUCCAACCAAUGCUGAUACUUCAAAAAGUUCCUGUUCAAGGUUAUAGUGACUACAUAGCCAUAAAUUAACAGAGAAGAGCAUGGGACAGACAAACAUUUUGUAUAAUACUAAACAAUCCCUUGUCAGCUUCUUUAUAACAUUCUAUUAAAAAAAAAAAAAAACCAAGAAAAACCAAAACGAUGGUGGGUUAUGGAAACAAUAUAGCAGCCAUAAAUCAGGAAACGAUUAUAUAAACAGAGACCUGAUUUGUGCAUACUGCAAUCUACCCACUCGUCAUGAAUUUAAGGACCAUUCCUUCAAGCUAUUAUAAAGGGCAGAAGCUUCCUGAGCCAAAAAAAUAAUUUUGAGAGGGCAUUGUUUUAGUCUUUUUUUUCCUAGAUACUUUCAAAUGACUAAGUAUUCUGAUGUACCGGUCAGUAGUAUGUACUCUCUCUCUCAUGCCCACACAUUCUCUCUUAGCAAUCUUAGGACAGAUAUGUGAGUUUGAAUAGAGGGAGUGCAUUAUUCCUCCUCACAUAGUCACCUGCAGCAAACAAUUCCUCUGCAACUUGAAGGGGUACUUGGCAGUCUGCUUCUUGUAACCCCGCAGUAACAAAGCUGCUUUAGAAUAAGCUGUCAUCUGCACUGAGGAUGCUUAUAGCACAAAAGUCUCCUGUUGACUGUUCAGAGGCUGUACUUACCUUACGGCACUAACACUUACGUUCUCAGAGCCUUGUGUCAGGGGCAAACAGGAAGCAGACGUGUUGAAUGAGCAGAAGCUGUCAUGAAGCUCAUUUUUUUUCUGACAUAACUGCACUUUAAACUCACAAGCAUGGCAUAUAAAUUCUUUCUGCCUCCUUAUUUCUUAAAAACAUUCACCAAUACUUGAGUAUUUCAGGGACCAACCCACUCUGAUGGAUGCACAUAUACCUCCUGUUUAUAGCCUACCUGACUUCUAAAAACCUGUGUAGUACCUAUUUUGUAUGAUUGGUAGAGGAAAUUUUUAUUUUAGUCAAUACUUCUGGCAAUGACUGGACUAUUUCUAAAGUAUAGAAUGUGAUGACAAAUGCCUUUGUUUUCCUAACUGCUGUGUGCGUGCAAAAGGCUGACUGGGAGAUAAUGUGAGAUUUCUGUUUGUUCUUAAUAAAAUGCAGUUGUCACGAA